AAUAGCAAAAGAAAAAACCAUGGCCAUGUCUAUGUUUUUAAAUUUCAUGUACCCACCACCAUCUUCUAUAUUUGUCACAUCUAUGUCUAUUAUAAGCUUUGUGGUAAUUACAAAUUAUGGUAUUUCUGAACUUAGAGGUAAGCAUUUGAAUUAUUCCAAAUUCUGGAAUGCAAAUAAUAAUUCUAACAAUCCCACCAAUAGUAGAAACCAAAUCAAGUUGUCAGGUAAGGUUGGUAUGUUGUUACUCUAUACUCCUGCUUUUCUAGCUGGUGCGGUGUCGUUUUGGAUCUUUCCUAAUGAAAGUUUUAGAUCUACUAUCCUUCAUGGUGCUUUGACACUUCAUUACUUCAAGAGGGUUUUUGAGGCUCUAUUUAUUCACAAAUAUAGUGGUCCUAUGGUUCUUGAUUCUGCAAUUCCCAUAACAUUAAGUUACUUUAUGUCAACUGUAACAAUGAUCUAUGCUCAACACCUCACAAAGGAUCUUCAAGAACCACCAAUCAAUCUAUUGUAUCCAGGAAUUGUGUUGUUUCUUGUAGGUAUCAUCGGCAACUUCUACCAUCAUUACCUUUUAUCCAAAUUGAGAGUAAAGGGUGAAAAGGAAUACAAGAUCCCUAAAGGUGGCUUAUUUGGGAUUGUGAUAUGUCCUCACUAUCUUUUUGAGAUAAUUGAUUUUUAUGGGGUAUUUUUUAUUUCUCAAACAUUGUAUUCAUUAUGUUUUGCUAUAGGCACUACUUUCUACUUGUUGGGUAGGAGUUAUGCAACUAGGAAUUGGUAUCUUUCUAAGUUUGAAGAUUUUCCCAAAAAUGUUAAGGCUGUAAUCCCAUUUGUCUUCUAAGUUAUUGUAAAAUGAAUCCCUUAUGUAGGAGGGGAUUGGUGGUAGCAUUUUAAGGUGUUGCUUUGUA